GAAACGAGGAUUGGUAUUUAAGCUGUUGAUACCAAAUUGAACGCCUCUGUAGCUGGAGAGAGGAAGAUUAAAUAAUCAGAGAGAGAGAGAGAGAGAGAGAGAGAGAGAGUUAGGAGGAAAGGAAGUACAAUGGCGGACUCCAGCGAUUCCGUCUCCAUCGAUAUGGAGUCCAUUCCGUUUGCCGGCAAGGAGCAUAUUAUCAAGACAGGUCAUGGUUCUGUUUCCGUUGCUGUAUUUGGAGACCAGGACAAGCCAGCUCUUAUUACUUAUCCCGAUUUGGCUUUAAACUAUAUGUCCUGUUUCCAAGGGCUUUUCUUUUGUCCAGAAGCAUUUUGUCUCCUUCUCCAUAACUUCUGUAUCUACCACAUCAGCCCCCCAGGCCAUGAGUUAUUGCAGUUAGGAGCUGAUGUUGCUGGCCCUGAUGAGCCCUCACUGACUGUUGAUGAAUUAGCCGACCAGAUUGCUGAAAUCCUAGACUAUUUUGGGCUUGGUUCGGUUAUGUGCCUGGGUGUAACAGCUGGAGCUUACAUUCUUACCCUUUUUGCUCUAACACACCCACGACGUGUCAUGGGUCUUAUUCUUGUUUCCCCUCUGUGCAAAUCACCAUCCUGGACAGAGUGGUUAUGUAACAAGGGGAUGUCCAAUUUGCUUUACAUUUGUGGCAUGUGUGGCAUAGUAAAGGAGCUGUUGCUCAUGCGUUACUUCAGCAAGGAAGUUCGUGGUGGUGUUGAUGUACCCGAAUCGGAUAUUGUCCAGUCUUGCAGAAGAUUGUUGUGCGAGAGGCAGAGUCCUAACGUGCUGCGUUUUCUUGAAGCUAUCAACGGGAGGCUAGACAUCAGCAAUAGCUUGAGGAAAUUGCAAUGUCGAUCCUUAAUUUUUGUUGGCGAAAACUCUCCUUUCCACUCCGAAGCUCUUCACAUGACGUCAAAGCUGGACAGAAGAUUCAGUGCCUUGGUUGAGGUUCAAGCAUGUGGCUCGAUGGUCACGGAAGAGCAGCCUGACGCCAUGCUGAUCCCACUGGAAUACUUCCUCAUGGGCUAUGGCCUCUUUAGACCAUCCCACUUGAGUGUAAGCCCAAGAAGCCCAUUAAGCCCGACUAGCAUUAUUUCACCUGAGCUUUUCUCACCAGAAAGCAUGGGGUUGAAGUUGAAGCCAAUAAAGACGAGAAUCCCUGGCCAAGUGUGAAGAGGAGGGAUGAGUAGACUGGCCAAGUUUUUGUAAACUACGUACGAAGGUAAGGAGCUACCACGCGUUCAAAAGAAAAACUAUAGCAGGGGAGGAAGGCAUAGGAGGCUUGUAGAUAAAAAAGGCUAUAUAUACAAAUAAUUAGCAUCAUGUUAGCAGAUAGAUAGGCUAAAGGGUAAACAAAUUUUCUUCAAUUUUUUUGGAUUUUUCUCCCACUUGUACCUCUAGAAAAAGAAUUUAGUGAGCUAUUUUUCUUUGAUUUUUUGUAUUUCUCUCCCACUUGUAACUCUAGAAAAAUAAUUCAGUAAGCUAUCCUUGUACAUCAUUUCACUAAUAAAUUAUCGACGCAUGGAAUAUUAAUAAAUGGUGGGCGUUGUGUUUCAA